GGGCAACUUAGAAAUGGAGGCAGAUGACUUAGACAUGGAAAAACAACUGCACGAAGCCCAUGAAGUGUUGUCCAAGGUGGGAACAAUUCUCGCCAGCUGUUCAGACAAGCUAGCUCAUUUGGAGAACCUUUUAUCAUGCUUCUUGGAAGAUAAUAAUUACAAUCACAUUGGAGCAAACGGCUUUGAAAAUGACGUCAUAUCGGAAGAAUUAAUCGAGAGGACCUUCACUUUCGAUCUAAUUAGUGCAAUAAUUAAAUUUGAGCUGGGGGAGUUUGAUGUUCUGUUUGGUGGCCUUCAAGAACUUAUUGUCGAUGGCCUUAGAAAGAUACUGUCUUUCGAUAAUUCAACUGAGUUGAUAAAUUCCUUGGUGAAUGGGCUGCACGAUUCUGAAGUGUUGAUAGAACAUUCUAGAGAUCGUGUUCUCCUCAAAAUGCUCGAAAAAUCUCUCUCACGAGAGCUCGAGCUUGAGAAGAACCUAAAAGAGCUCAAACGAAACGAAAACGACUUCAAACAAAAAGUACGACUUGUCGAACAAGUCGCGUCCUUCAUGGAAGAGGCUGCUGAGGUCACCUGGGCUCGCUUUCUAGAAGCCGACAGCAUGGCUGAAGUACUCUCCGGAAUCUCGAAAGACACGCUCUGCAAGCUCCAGCUGGCGCAAGCCGAGCUUGACCGGUCAACCAAAAGCGAACGGGAAAAAACCCGUCAAAUUCAAGAGCUUGUAAAUCAAUUGCAUGCAAAAGACUUGUUGAUCGAGAAACUCAACACCAAUAUCUCGAGUCUUGCUGCUGAUAAUGCCAAAGUAGAAGAUUUAAGAGAAAAGGUUCGAUAUCUCGAGGAAAAACUGAAAAAAACCGAGUCGAAACUCGAGGAGGUAGAGACAAUAAACGAGACGAGUCAAAAACAGCUUAUAGAGAGAGAAAUCGAAAUCGAGGCCUUGAGAGAGAAAACAAACGAGGCAGAGACUCGAGCGAAGAUCGCGGAGGAAAAAGCCUCCCACUUGACAGACUCGAACCUUGAGCUGUCAGAGGAGCUCGAUUUCCUCAAGGGCACAAACGACAGCAACUCGAAAAAAUCGAGCAUUUUGGAAAAGGAGCUAAGGGAGUUGGAUAUUCAGCUUCAGCACUCGAGGGCAUUAUCGGAAGCCAGCCAAGAGCAGCAAAACAUGCUUUACUCGGCGAUUUGGGACAUGGAGACUUUGAUAGACGAGCUGAAGCAGAAGGUGGCUAAGGCGGAGGGAAAAGCCGAGAGUGCCGAGGAUAGAUGUGUAAUUUUAUCCGAAACAAAUUCGGAUAUUAGUAAGGAAUUGGAGUUUAUGAGGUCCCGAGUUGAGUUAUUGGAGAAUGCUUUGAGCCAAGCUGCUCUUGAGAAAAAAUCGCGUUCGAAGGAGAUUGGUGUUAGGAGCAAUCGGAUUAUGGAGGUGGCUUUGCAGAUUGCGACUGAGAGGGAACGCUUAAUCUCGUGCACGAAGGAAAACAAAUUACUGCGAGAUAAAUUAACGAAACAACAGAAAAAUGCAACUGUAAUUCUUCAAGAUAAGAGAAAUUGUGAUGAGAAAGAGUUUCGGUCGAAGAGGCUUGAUCCAGCUGAUCCUUUAUCUGCUGAAACUUCUGCAUUAAAAGCCACCGAGAUCUCAUCCGAAAGUCUUCAGGCAGCUGGAAUGGAAUAUAAAUUUUUAAUUGCAUUUAGAACGUGUUCUUGGAAAUAUGUGAAUCAGGUGGAGAAAUUAUCCGAGGUUGAUAUCCCAAAUGACAAUGAGAUUCGGGCUUCUUGUUCGACAAGCGAAAGCUCGAAUUUAGUUUCAAGGGUCGAGGCCGAGAGAUUGAACAAAAAUGGGAAUUAUAAGAGAAUGUGUGUAUACAUUGCCAUUCUUGUUGUAGUCCUAUCAGGUCUAGCUGCACAUUUGUUUCAGAAAAAUAUUAUAACAGCCCUUCGCAGGAGGAUGGGAAGCAAAACGUUGAGGAAUUUUUUAUCCGAAUCUCGAGCACAACUCGAGGCCUUGAGAGAGAAAAGAAACGAGAAAGCCUCGAUCUUCUCCGAGCUCUUGGAGAAGAUCGAUUUCCUCAAGGGCACAAACGACAGCAACGCGAAAAAGUGGAGCAUGUUGGAAAAGGAGCUAAGAGAGUUGGAAUUUCAGCUUCAGCAAUCGAGGGCAUUAUCGGAAGCCAGCCAGGAGCAGGAAAACAUGCUGUACUCGGCGCUUUGCGACAUGGAGACUUUGAUAGACGAGCUGGAGCAUAACUUGGCUAAGGGAGAGGUAAAACUCGAGGAUGGAUGCUUGAUUUUAUCCGAGACUAAUUCAAAUAUUAGUAAGGAACUGGAGUGUGUGAGUUCCCGAGUCGUGUUAUUGGCGAAUGCUUUGACCCAAACUACUCUUGAGAUAAAAUCAUGUGACAGGGAGAUUGUUAUGACGAGCAAUCGGAUAAUAGAGAUGAGUCAGAUGACUUUGCAGACUGUGAUUGACAGGGAACGUCUUCAGAAUAAGGUGGAGAAAUUAUCCAAGGAUGCUAUCCCAAAUGACGAUGAGAUUCAGGCUUCUUGUUCGGCAAACGAAAGCUCGAAUUUAGUUUCACAGGUCGAGGCUGAGAGAUUGAACAAGAAUAGGAAUAAUAAGAGGGUAAUGAUUACGGUUCAAACUGCCCUUCUCAGCACCACGAAGAAGGCGAGCAUGUUGAAAAAGGAGCUAAGAGAGUUGGAAUUUCAGCGUCAGCACUCGAGGGCAUUAUCAGAAGUCAGCCAGGAGCAGCAAAACGUGCUGAACUCGGCGGUUUGGGACAUGGUGGCUUUGAUAGACGAGCUGAAUCAGAAGAUGGCUAAGGCGGAGGGAAAAGCCGAGAGUGCCGAGGAUAGAUGUGUUAUUUUAUCGGAGACUAUUUCAGAUUUUAUUAAGAGACUGGAGUUUAUGAGGUCCCGAGUGGAGUUAUUGGCUAAUGCGUUGAACCAAACUACUCUUGAGUUAAAUUCAUGUUCGAAGGAGAUUGUUGAUAGGAGCAAUCGGAUAAUGGAGAUGGCUUUGCAGAUUGCGAUUGAGAGGGAAUGCCUUCAGAAUAAGGUCGAGGCCAAGAGAUUGAACAAGAAUGGGGAUUAUAAGAGGAUGUGUGCAUACAUGGCCAUUCUUGUUGUGGUCCUAUCAGGUCUAGCUGCACAUUUGUUUCAGAAAAAUAUUAUAGUCCUCUAGUGUUUGAUUCUUGACAUUGUCUGACAAACGGAUUCUUUAUGUUUGUUUCCUUUUUCUUUUAGUUAUGGAUUGCCAUUUUUCUUUUUUUCCCUUUCUGUAAGUUGUGUACAUUUUAUUUGUUGGAUUUGCUGUUUGUAGUUUGUAGACUGAUGCUACAUUUUAGCAGGGGGUAGCUGCUUUCUUUGUUUGAUGGUGUAUGGAUAAUUGAAUCAUGAGUGGAUAAAUUGUUAUGUGCAUUUCUUUGUUUGCAAUAUUUGUCACAUUUUUAAUUGUGGUUUUCAAUUUGAUGCAUAAUUCCUAGAUUUGAGUUUUGUUUCUCAAUUUCUGCAUCUGCAUCUGAUUCGAGUUUGGGGGCUUCAGAUUUAAGGUACUCAGUUUGUCUUUGGUUUUGGAAAUUAG